UAGCUUUUCUUUGGAGUCAUCACGUGAUGUGCUAUGACCUCCCUAGUAAUUAGGUAGGUAUGUAGCUAUGCCCGAAAGAGAACUUGCCUCGGCCUCCUCCACAUCCUCCACAUUCGCAGCUUACAUAACUAGUAAUGUUCCUAAUCAUGAAGCAACCUAUUGACAAUUCCAUAUUCAACCAUCUGGCCUAAACAUUCAUCUUAUAGUCACAAGUUUCUUGAACCAAGUCCUCUAAUUAUCACCUAACUGUGAAACCAUCCACCUGAUCCUUCACAAUAUCGAAGUCGCGAACUUCACGUUUGAUUUCGGACUCAACCAAUUGGAGGAAGAGUUUUGACAUUAAGAAGAUAUCAAUGUCUUUGGAGGUCAUUUAUGUAACUCGGCACGGAUUCCGUUCUCAAUGGAGUGUUGACCCGUCCACCGGCAACUAUUCGUCCUUCAUUCGUUCUCCCACGGGGCUACCUACGGAUCCUGCUCUCACAUCUCACGGUGUGGACCAAGCAAAUCAAUUAGCCGCACAUCUACUCGAAGUCAACCCGCCGAUAGAGCAGGUCUAUUCUAGUCCUUAUUAUCGAUGCCUGCAGACUAUCCAGCCAUUCGCACGCAAGCUGAAGCUUCUCCAGACCCAAUCGUUUGGUAAUGUCUCGGGAGAUAUUCCCAGGAUUCGCGUAGAUCUCGGACUUAGUGAAUGGUAUGGCUUAGCGCACUUUGAUCAUCCUUCGUCCGCACCCCUGAAUGAGUUGCAAAGUUUAUUUCCUGAGCUUGAUCCAAGCUACGUCUCUAGCCCGGCCCCUUCACGCCGCGGGGAAUCUCUCCCGCAGCUACACGAUCGGGUUGCGAAGGUGAUCGAAUUUAUCAUCAGGCGUAGUGACCAAGAGGGCCACAAAGCUGUGAUAUUGUGUACUCAUGCAGCGGUCGUCAUCGCUCUCGGGCGAGUGCUCACUGGACAGAUGGGAGAAGAUUUUGGUGCAUUUACUUGUGGACUAAGCAAAUUUAAACGACGUGGUUUUAAAUCUGGUCAAGCGUCUCCAAAUUCUGAGAGUGAGACGAGAAUUAAAGCCACAGUCCCGACGGCGCGGGAGGAACGGCAAAUCGGAGUGGAAGUAGGAUCUAGAAAAGCCCAGUCAGAGACAAAUCCUGCAAGCAACGUCGAUCCCUAUCCACACGACUCGUCACAAUCUAAUCAAGAAUCUCUGGGAAGAGACGGGGCCGGACUUUACGGAGGCUGGACCUGCGAGCUGGAUUCUGACUGCAGUUUUCUUCGCGGUGGCGAGGAGAGGGGAUGGAAAUUCUCUGGCGACGAAUCAUUUAUCGAAACAGAUGACAAUGGCCUAUGGUUGCCGACGCCUUCUGGCUCUGAUACGGCCGUUGACAGCCACGACAGCCACAUUGACCCAGUAGUCCGGGCUCCAAAGCUCUAGUCUUAAGGCUACCUCAAACAAGUCGCUGGCUUGGAUAGGAAAGCCCGCAAUUUGCGCACGGAUUGAAGGGUUUGGCCAACCAUUGUCUAGACUACCAAUGUCUUAAUCGGAUGUAAAGUCUGCGACACCUUCCUACUUUUCCACAUCAUCGGCGACCUGCUCGACAAUACUUUAAUGCAAAGAGUAAAUCUCCUGUUACGAGAACUCUCCAGCCGUUUUUGUCAUACUAAAACUUCAUCCAACGGCUUCUCUGCGUUUCAGUGUAACCGUAGCACGAUAACGGCUGUCAUUGUCACAGUAAUGUCGGCGUUCUGAGACCGGUGUCAUCACUUCGUGAAAUAGAUGGCUUAUCACCUGACAUGUUUCAACCCAAGGAGCCUCAAAGACUAUUGAAACAUCCUCUAGUAUAUCAGAGUGCCGGGAGCCGGAUAUAA